CCUUUUGCAGCAUUGUUUGAUGGAAGGACACGAAGUAAAUCAAAAUCACGGACACAUGACAACCAUCGAGGCUCAUGCGGUUGCCCAGCAGGUCCAGCAGGUACAUGUGGCCACGUACACAGAUCACAUCAUUCUUAGCGGGGAGGAUGACUCGCCCUCAUCGCCUGAAGAGACCUCCUUUGACGAUUCUGACAUCCUAAACUCAACCAUCACAGAUGAGGUUACGGCCCAUCUUGCUGCAGCAGGUCCGGUUGGAAUGGCAGCGGCUGCUGCUGUGGCAACGGGCAAGAAACGGAAGCGCCCCCAUGCUUUUGAGUCCAACCCAUCAAUACGCAAAAGGCAGCAGACGCGCUUGCUACGAAAACUACGAGCUACUUUGGACGAAUACACAACCAGAGUUGGUCAGCAGGCGAUCGUGCUCUGUAUCUCCCCAUCCAAACCAAACCCCGUCUUUAAAGUGUUUGGAGCUGCUCCUCUGGAGAAUGUGGUACGCAAGUAUAAAAGUAUGAUCCUGGAAGACCUGGAGUCAGCACUAGCAGAGCAUGCUCCCCCACCCUCGGAGCUUAAUUCCGACCUUCCACCGCUCACCAUCGAUGGAAUCCCAGUCUCUGUAGACAAAAUGACGCAGGCGCAGCUCCGAGCUUUUAUUCCAGAAAUGCUGAAGUACUCAACGGGCCGUGGGAAACCUGGCUGGGGGAAGGAGAGCUGCCGGCCUUUGUGGUGGCCCGAUGACAUACCAUGGGCCAAUGUUCGCAGUGAUGUUCGUUCAGAGGAACAGAAACAGCGGGUAUCCUGGACACAGGCGCUGAGGACGAUAGUUAAGAACUGUUACAAACAGCAUGGGAGAGAGGAUUUAUUGUAUGCUUUUGAAGAUCAGCUGACUCACCCACAGACACACAUUGCCCAUCUCGUCCCUUCUCAGACUGUGGUACAGACAAUCAGUAACCCAGAUGGGACAGUCUCCCUUAUACAGGUUGGCACGGGUGCAACAGUUGCGACUCUGGCCGAUGCAUCUGAGCUCCCUGGAACGGUAACUGUUGCUCAGGUGAAUUAUUCCACUGUACAGGAUGGAGAGGUUGAGCAGAAUUGGACCACGUUGCAAGGUGGGGAAAUGGCAAUCCAGACGACGCAAGCUUCUGAAGCCACACAGGCUGUGGCCUCUCUGGCAGAGGCUGCGGUGGCUGCAUCCCACGAGAUGCAGCAAGGGGCCACUGUUACCAUGGCGCUGAACAGUGAGGCUGCUGCUCAUGCUGUCGCCACGCUUGCAGAAGCCACUCUUCAGGGCGGAGGUCAGAUUGUGCUGUCGGGAGAGACCGCUGCAGCUGUUGGUGCGCUGACUGGGGUUCAGGAUGCUAAUGGCCUGGUGCAAAUUCCAGUGAGCAUGUACCAGACUGUUGUGACCAGCUUGGCCCAGGGCAACAGGCCUGUGCAGGUUGCAAUGGCCCCUGUCACCACUCGAAUGACAGAAAUUCAGUCAUCUGGGGUAACAAUGGACGGUCAAGCAGUGGAGGUGGUGACUCUGGAACAGUGAGGACUUAACCAGUGGCAAAACAACUUUUCGUGUACUUACGUCCAGCUUUGGAGUCCAGCAAUCGGGUGUCUUGUGUGUCAACAGUUGGCCAUAAAAGUAAAAGUAGGCCAUGACAUGUGGCUUUAGUGUUUGAGAGAGAAAAGGUAACGGAAGGACCUCUCAUCUCUAAUAUUAUCUUCAAAGAGAUUUCAAGCUCUUGUAUUUACUGUUUUAUAUGGGGUGGGUGGGCCAAAGGAAGGAAAAUGGAAAAUCAGACCUAUUUGUAUGCGUUUCUCUGUAUUUAUGCACAAAGUGUUUGUGUCUUUGACUGAAGAUGGCAAAGUUGUCUUGUUUAUUAGUGAUCUUGAUUGGGGAACUUUAUAAUUGUGGUUCCAGAGGUUUGGAAUGACAUGGGUGUGUGGAACUAGGGGCGGAUCUCAGCAUUUUCCAUUUUAAUAAAAGUUGGCGCAGAAACCAGAACAACGAUCCUUUUACCUACUAAUCUCUGGUUGGUGUGCAGAUUUUUACUUUAUUGCUCUUUCACUUGUUUUAAAUAUUCAAUUAAAGCAGAAAGUUAUACAUCCCUUGUCUCCGCUGUGUUCAACUCCACAGCAUGGGAGUGGGUUAAUCACCAUUCUCCCUUCCUAUCACUCCCCAGUGACCCCUGUUUGUGUGUAUAAACCUGUAUAUUUAAUGUAUGUUAGAUACAUAUAUACAUACAUAGAGCAGUACAGCACAGGAACAAACCCUUAAGCCCACAAUGUCUGAGCCGAAUGUGAUGCCAAGCCCAACAAUAUCUGCCUGCACAUAAUCCAUAUCCAUUCUCUCCAUAUCCAUGUGCCUAUCCCAAAGUCUUUUAAAUGAAGGUAUCCUAUCUGGCUCCACCACCACCCCCGGCAAACACCAUUUGUGUAAAAACUUGCCCCGCACUCUCCUUUAAACUUUGCUCUUCUCACCUUAAAGUGGUGCCCUCUAGUAUUUGAUAUUUCUAUCCUGGGAAAAUGGAUGUCCUUUAAAAGUUGCAGGGGAUCUAAGACAUAAGUAGUAUGAGGUUGAGUUCAUCUUUCGAUCACACUCUGCUCUGGAUUCCCACACGAACGUCUUCAGGUUUUGGGUCCAGGAAGGCCACUUCUUUGGCCAGAGGGUUGAAAACACCAACCAGAACCUUUGGGGAAAAGAGAGGGGGGGCCAUAAAACUGGCAGGAGUUUGAGAAAUGUGAAGUCAGACAGGGUCCAUGCAAAGGGUCAAAGCAAACUAGACCAAGGAAUUGCAGAUGCAAGUCAAGUCACAUUUAUUUAUAUAGCACAUUUAAAAAAACAACUCUCGUUGGCCAAAGUGCUUUACAUUUGUUAUAAGAAUAGUAUAAACAAACAAACUACAUACAUAUAUACAUAUAACCCUCACUCAGUGGACAUCAGGAAAGGCUUGGGAGUAUAGAUAAGAUUUUAGUCUUGACUUAAAGGAGUCGAUGGAGGGGGCAGUUCUGAUGGGAAGGGGGAUGCUGUUCCACAGUCUAGGAGCUGCAACCGCAAAGGCGCGGUCACCCCUAAGCUUAUGCCUAGACCGCGGGAUAUUCAGCAGCCCCAAGUCGGCCGAUCUGAGGGACCUGGAGGUGGAGUGGCGGGUGAGAAGACUCUUAAUGUAGGAGGGGGCAAGCCCAUUGAGGGCUUUGUAGACAGAGGAGGGACUUGAAAUGUAUACGGAACCGCACAGGGAGCCAGUGGAGAGAGGCCAGGAUCGGGGUGAUGUGGUCCCUUUUUCGGGUGCCUGUCAGGAGUCUCGCUGCGGCGUUUUGGACCAGUUGCAGGCAGGACAGGGAAGGUUGGCUGAUGCCAGUGUAAAGAGAGUUGCAGUAAUCUAGGCGGGAGGAGAUAAAUGUGUGGAUGAUCUUUUCGAGGUCAUCAAAGUGGAGGAAUUGUUUAAUUUUGAAGCAGGAAUCUUGAGCACAACACAAACUGUUCGGAGAGCUCUGCGGAUCAGGCAUCUAUGGAAUGGACAGGCUCCUUUUUCAGACACGGAUUACUUUUAUUGAUUUUGAUUUUCCAUAAACUUCAUUCAUUUCCCGCCAGUUCCCCAAGUAACAGAUGUAAAGCCCAAGUUCCACCAGGGCUAAUAUCUAUAAAGAAAUGUGUUGCAGUAAACAUUGGACACAAAGGUACCAAUUUGCAGGUUUUCAACACUGUCAAGGACUAAGGCUCUAGGUCAGGAGAGAGGGACAGAUUCUCGUCCACUCUCUCCUGUCAUGUUCACAAAAUGAGCAGUCAAGAAGGAAGUUGAGAAUAUUUGCUGUGAAUUGAAUUAAAACCACCCAAUGAAUAACAGUAAGGAUAUAACUACAACUUGCACUUGUAUAGUGCCUUUAACAUUAGUAAAUAGACCAAGGAAGAGAAAGUAGGCAGCUGAUCAAUAAUGGAGCCUUGGGUUAACAGAAUACUCUCACUUGUAACAUUUAGGAAACUCUGACUGGUUUCCAUGCAAAUUAAUAUGCAGGACACAAUUGUUCUAUCCCUUAAGUUAACCCACAAAUUCAUAUAAAUUAAUGUGAUACAUAUUUUAGAUUUCCAUUGAAGCACAUUUGUCAAACCGCAUGAAUGGUAAGCUGGCUAUUCAAAGCCCUGGUAUUGUGGUCUGCAACGUGUUCCUGAUGUUUUUCUGGAGAAAAAAACUUUCAGUUGUGGAAUUUAUUUUCUAAAUGAAUCGACGAACUCAAAUAAGUAAAAUUAGAAGUGAAGCUAAGAGUUAAAUAUGGACUUUAUUUGGCAUUGUCCAAAAGACCUGGACAAAUGAAAGACAAUGUGUUGUAUUAGUGACUGGGGCAAGUGAUGGAAUUGCUCUCACUCAUCCUGAUAUUUCAGAAGCAAAGAUAUCAAUGAUCUUGUUGCAUGGUGUAGAUGCUGUUGUCCAUACCUAGUGAUGCAUGCGAGGUAUUGUGACACAGUGAUUAAUUCUCCUCUGUAGCUAUGGGUAAGUGAAGAGAGCUUAAUAAAGUCAAAAUACUGUGGAGCUGGAUGUUAUUUAAGCUACUUUGGUAUUCCUUGUCAUUAACCUUUCUUGGUCUUGGAACAAGACUGGGAAACUGCACUGCCAUGUUGUCACUGGGGUUACUUGAUGCUUGCCCAGUGUUCUGUCAGGAAAAAUAAAUUGCACUUAAGCUAAGGUGCCAAUUUGCUUUUUGUGCACUACAUUACUUUUUCACUCCUUAUCGAAAUGAUCGACAUGUGCCACAACCAAGCUUCUUCACCUUCGUGUUGAGAACCCUUCUCCGGUUCAUUAUUUGGGAGGAUAGAAAAUCUGCAGUGAGAUAGCUGGAUUUUGGAUGUAGAACAUGUGAUGGUUUUCCACAAUUUUCAUCACACUUUAUUAAAAUAUUAUUCAGCAUAACAUUGUACUUAAUUUCCCAUUCCCCUUCAUGAAGAAUCGAUAAAGCUCUAUCAUUAGGUGUAUUGAGACCAUAACAGCACUGGUUAAAAUCCAUACAAAAGCUUGUUGACUUUGGGUUCUGGUUAGUGAGUGGGAUUAUUAGGAGAAGGGGCUUAGGGCAUAAGUUUGUAGCCACAUAAAUGUGUUCCAGUCAUUGUGAAAAGCAACCCUAUUCAACAAGCUGGAAUAGAUUGAAAAGGACUCCUAUAAAUUUUAAAAUUCUUAUUUGUUCACUGAUAUUUUAUUCAAAUAGUAAAGUGGACCAAUGGAUACUGCAGAAGGUGGCCACAUUAUUACAAGGUGACAUUGCAAAGAUUGGAUCUUCAUGUAGAUACAAAUACUGUAUAUAUGAUAAAGAAAACAUUCUUUUAAUUGCUGAAAGUGACUGCAGGUCGUAGAACUACUAUGGUUUGUUUGCCACCAUAUUUAUUCCCCUUGGGUACUCUUGAAAAUGUAUUUGAAUGAAGUAAUUUGCAUUUGAUUUUGUUUGCCAUGUUGCUUUUUUUUGGUUUGGGAAAUGUGAUUUGCCAACUAAACACCGACAGCUUUUUUAUGGACUUAGCAAGUUCAUAGUGUGUAAUAAAGAUGUUAAUAAUCCUGGUAA